UCCGAGCGCAACAGGACGUACUUCAUUAUUCUGAGCAGGAAUACACACACACGCGCACGCACGCGCGCACACACACUCUUCUGUAGUGACAUCCUGAUUGAUUUCAUUGUUCGAGACUUUUACUCUGAGAGGAAACAGCUGGGAAAGGAAAUGAAAGCGUGGAGAGUUCGAUUUCUGUACUUUCUGGUGUUGAAUGCAGCUGUGCAGUAUGUGACCUCUCUGGAAGAAGAGCGCUCUGAUUCUAUUUUUGGUAACUUCCUCGACCCUCUGAAGGACCUGUUUUCCCAAAAUGACAACAGCAAUCAAACCCUGACUAAAUUCUCCCUCCGAAAACCAAGCGUUCCCGAUGAUGACCUGUGCUACAUCGUUCCUGGAAAGCCUGAGUCCCUGGCGGCCUGCAGCUUCAACAGCACCUCCAAAACCUUCCUGGUGAUCCACGGAUGGACGUUGAGUGGGAUGUUUGAGAGCUGGGUGGAGAAGCUGGUGACGGCGCUGUACGACAGGGAGAAGGCGGCUAACGUCAUCGUGGUGGACUGGCUCGGCUCGGCUCAGAAUCACUAUGUGGUCGCAGCGCAGAACACCAAGGAGGUCGGACACGAGAUCGCUCGCUUCAUCGACUGGAUCGAGGAAACCACCAACAUGCCUCUGGAGAACAUCCACCUGAUUGGCUACAGCCUCGGAGCUCAUGUUGCAGGAUUUGCAGGAAGCCACGCAACCAAUAAAGUCGGAAGAAUAACCGGUCUGGAUCCCGCUGGUCCUGACUUCGAGGGGGAGCACGCUCACAGACGUCUGUCCCCGGACGACGCUCACUUCGUGGACGUCCUGCACACCUUCACACGCGGCUCUCUGGGUCUCAGCAUCGGGAUCCAGCAGCCCGUCGGACACGUCGACAUUUACCCCAACAGAGGCAGCUUCCAGCCGGGAUGCAACCUCAGAGGGGCCCUGGAGAAGAUCGCCAACCUGGGGUUAUUCGCGAUCACAGAUGCAGUGAAGUGUGAACACGAGCGCUCGGUGCACCUCUUCAUCGACUCUCUUCUGAACGAGCAGGACGCAGCGAAGGCCUACAGAUGUGGAAGCACGGACAUGUUCGACCGCGGCAUGUGUCUCAGCUGCAGAAAGAGCCGCUGCAUCGCCGUGGGCUACGACAUCAGCCUGGUCCGCAGAGCACGCAGCGUUCAGAUGUACACCAAGACACGCGCCUCCAUGCCUUUCAGAGUUUACCACUAUCAGGUGAAGAUCCACUUCUCCAGUAAGGUGAAUCGUUCUGAGUUGGAGCCGUCGCUCACCGUCUCGCUGUUCGGGACGAGAGGAGAGUCGGAAAACCUGGAGCUGAAACUGAAGGAGAAAUUAGAGACGAAUACGACACAUUCGUUCCUGCUGGUGACGGAGAAAGAUAUCGGGGAUCUGCUGAUGUUGAAGUUUAAAUGGGAGGAGACGAACGGCUGGUCGGCCUCCAACGUGCUGAACAUGGUCUCCUCGUGGUGGUCCGGAGACUCUGGCAGCGACAACAUGGAUGUUCACAAGAUCCGCAUCCGGGCCGGAGAGACACAGCAAAAGUUGGUGUUCUGUGUAAAAGACCCUGGAGCUCCGAAAUUAACACAAGAGGUCACGUUUGUUAAAUGUAAGGAUGCAUGGAGAACGAACCCGAAGAGAGCUCCAAAAAGAAUAACUCUGGAGAAACACUGACGUCUUCGCAGAAUCCACAGAACAAGCACUUAUAAUUUAUACACAUAUAACUUAUUUUUAUUCUCAAAUGGUACAAAGCUCGUUUGUUAUUUAAAAAUCAUAUGUGUGUGAAUACUGUAAAAAUAUUUUGUAUAGAGCUAUUUUUAUGACACUUAACUGUAACUUACUUUAUAAAAAGUAAACGCCUUUGUCUUUGGUUCAAAGAGAUUCUCGUAUACGGAGAGAUGUGACUGAAGGAUUUGCUGUAAUAUUUCUGGAGGUACUGAUGUGUAAAAUACCAUGAGUUAAAUAUCACGAUUAUAAUCUCCUCUCUGCAGACUCUUCUCCAACAGAUGGGAACAUAUCCAUUAAGCUGCAUUCACAUGAUUCGCUCUUUGCUCUGAGGUUUACCUAACAGUAAAAACAGCUAGUGAUGUUUAAUUUAUAUCGUUAACUCUCUUGCUAUCUUGUACCGCUACACAGAGAUGGCAAAAGUACACACAUCAAGUACAGAUACUCGUGUUUAAAAAUACUCUGGUAAAAGUAGAAGUUCUGACUAAACUUCUUUACUCAAGUCAAAGUAAAGAGGCUUCGAAAUGUACUGAAGUGAAAAGUACCCAUAUCUGUUUUAAAGAGUACCUGACCUCCCUUUAUAUUAAAGGGGACCUAUCAUGCAAAA